UUUUUUUCCUCAUUUCCUUUUGUUCCUUCAAUCAGCCGAACCAGUCUUGAUGACUAUCUGUGGAAAGUCGGGAAAACCUAUCAAUCGAAAACUUGUUGUAUGUGGCGAUGGCGCUUGUGGCAAAACCUCGCUGUUAAACGUCUUUACACGAGGUUAUUUCCCUCAGGUGUAUGAACCCACGGUUUUCGAAAAUUAUGUCCAGGAAAUGGGAAUUGAUGGUCAAGACAUCGAAAUGUCACUGUGGGAUACGGCAGGACAGGAGGAGUUUGAUCGACUGCGUUCUUUGUCCUAUGCAGAUACCCAUGUGAUCAUGAUGUGCUUUUCGGUCGAUAACCGAGAUUCGCUCGAAAAUAUACCCAACCGCUGGAUGGAAGAGAUAUCUGAGCAUUGUCCUCAUGCGAAAAUUGUGCUUGUGGCUUUAAAAUGCGAUUUGCGGGAUGAUGAGCAGGCAGCAACAACACGCAACGUUCCCAUCAUGUACGAAGAGGGAUUGUCAGUAGCGCGAAAUAUCAAUGCUGUCCGUUAUUUGGAGUGCUCGGCUAAACACAACCGCGGCGUACGGGAGUGCUUCGAACAAGCAGCUCGAGUAGCUGUGUCAGUCCAUUUAAGAAGCGAUCAACGCAAAUCAGGUCUCUGUAUCAUUUCAUAAAAUGGUCAUCACAGCAAAGUCAGAUCGAUUACCUUUCGCCCGUUUGUCUCGCAGCAUAAACAAUUUGUAAUAUAGAAUAUUCCUCUCUACUUCUUCCUUUGGAUCUCCCUCUCCAUUCUUUUUCUUUUGCUUCCCUUCUCUUCCCGUUAUAUUUUAAUUAUCCCAUCUAUUCUAUUUUAAAACUACUUUCACAUAAAAUAUACCAUCAAGAAUAUCAUUGCU